CUGUUCUUCACCUCUCUCUCUCUCUCUCUCUCUCUCUCCCUGCGGCGCCUUCCUUCUCUCUCCCAAGCUUCCUUCGAUUCACCUCUUAAAACACCAAUAUUGCUUCCUCUCAUUUCGUUUCUCACCUCAUCCCUUCUCCUUCUCUUUCUCCCCAAGGUUUGUGUCGAUCUCGAAUCACAUAGAGAUUUCAAUCGACCUAAUUGUCUCGCCUCUCAUCAAAAACCCAACCCCAAUUUCUCCGAGAUUUUAUCCACUCGGGCAUCUACUCAAUCUGUGGCGUAGAAACCCCAAUUCUCUUCCGUCUUAAAAUUAGGGUUUCUCACGGUGGAGGAUUUUUUUUCCGAUCUAAUUUGAGAUUUAAACGAGGGGAGUGAAGGAAGAAAGGGGCAUCAAUCGAUCGAGAACAACUAAAGUCGUGACAUUUGGGGUUUUCGAAGUACAUGUAUGGCUUCGGAGCCUGUUAACGGAGAUGGAGCUAGAGAGAAGCAGAGUAUUAGAGUCUAUACGAGGAAAGGUAAAGGUCAGAGGAAACAUUCACCCUACUUUGCAUUUGAAGGUGGUGGCGGCGGCGAUAAACCAGAAAACAAUCAUGUGAGUCCACCUGAAACCCUAGCUCGAGAGUCUCUGGAUCCUCUCCAUGAGGCACGUGCCAGUGCACCUGAAGCACGUGCCAUUUUAGACGCUACUGAUAAGAACGUUACUCAACCUGACUCGGGGCAGGAUGAUGUCAAUACAGUGGUUGUUGAUGAGAACUCUAUCAAGGAACCUCCUAAAAGCCUUCCCCUGGCUAUCGAAGCGCCUUCGGAAGCCCUUGUUGUUGUUGACAAGAAUCUCAUUGAAGUGUCUUCUGAGGAUGAGGAAUACGUCCACGUGGUGGACGAAGAUCACCUUAUUAAAGAAGCUAACCUUGUGGAAAGAGAUGCCACUGAUGCUACCACUGAAAGCAUGCCAAUGGAGGAGGAUGUAGAUGGACGGAUAAGGAUACACGUUGCCUCCAAGUCUAAGCAGCAGAAAGAGGAGAUCAGGAAGAGGCUUGAAGAUCAGCUUAGCGUGGUCAGAGGUCUUGUUAAGAAGAUUGAGGACAAAGAGGGGGAGAUUGGUGCGUAUCACGACUCCCCCCUCACUAACGGGGGAGGAAGGAUUCUCUCAGGGUUCGCGUCAGCUGGACUUCCUCGUGAGGUCAUCAGAGUGCCAAGGCCUUUGAACCAACUCAGUAUAUCAGUGUUGGAGAAUACUCAAGGAGUCAAUGAUCAUAUGGAGAAAGAGAAGAGAACACCAAAGGCCAAUCAGUUUUACAGAACUUCAGAGUUCUUGCUCGGUGACAAGCUGCCACCCGCGGAGAGUAACAAGAAAUCAAAAUCGAGUUCAAAGAAGUACGGUGGGGAGGCUGGGCAUGGUUUUGGUGCAGGGUCCAAAGUUUUCAAGAACUGCAGCGCUCUACUAGAGAGGUUGAUGAAGCAUAAGCAUGGUUGGGUGUUCAAUGCUCCUGUAGAUGUGAAGGGUCUUGGUUUGCAUGAUUACUUCACCAUUAUCGAACACCCUAUGGAUUUGGGAACCGUCAAGUCUACGUUAACGAAUAAUAUGUACAAGUCACCGAGAGACUUUGCCGAGGAUGUUAGACUUGCUUUCCACAAUGCCAUGACUUACAACCCACCAGGACAAGAUGUCCAUAUCAUGGCGCAGGUGCUGUUACAGAUGUUUGAGGAGAGGUGGGCUGUUAUAGAGUCGGAUUAUAAUCGUGAAAUGAGGUUCGUCACUGCUUAUGAGAUGAAUCUUCCAGCUUCUACGAUGAGGUCUAGACUGGGUCCAACGAUGCCUCCACCGCCUAUCAAUGUGAGGAAUAGUACAAUGGAUUGGAGUAGUCGCCCUGCGGACUUGCAGCACCCAAAACCAAAUACAACAACGCCUGGCAGAACACCGACCAGUGCAAGGACCCCUGCUCUGAAGAAGCCAAAGGCAAACGAGCCGAAUAAAAGAGAUAUGACGUAUGAAGAGAAGCAGAAGCUUAGUGGCCACUUGCAGAAUUUGCCUCCAGACAAAUUAGAUGCGAUUGUGCAAAUCGUUAACAGGAGAAACACUGCUGUGAAUCUAAGGGAUGAAGAAAUUGAAGUUGAUAUUGAUAGUGUUGAUCCGGAGACUUUGUGGGAGUUGGACAGAUUUGUAAUCAACUACAAGAAGGGAUUGAGCAAGAAAAAGAGAAAAGCUGAGCUGGCUAUGCAAGCUAGAGCAGAAGCCGAGAGGAAUGGCCAACAACAGAUGGCUCCAGCACCAGUGGCACGUGAGUUUUCUAGGGAAGGUGGCAACACAGCUAAAAAGACACUCCCUACGUCAUUACCUUCUCAAGUGGAGAAGCAGAACAAUGAGCCAAGCAGAUCAAGUAGUUCAAGCAGCUCUUCCAGUGGGUCCAGCAGCUCUUCUAGUGAUUCGGACAGCGAUAGCUCUUCGUCAUCUGGAUCAGAUCAGACCUAGAGACUACUGUUCAAGAGGGUUUGAUGUUGACAAAUAUGUAAGGGCGUUUGAAAAGAUGGAAGAUUAGAGUUAGAAGAGAGCAUUUGGGAGGUUAAAGAUGAGGUGACGUACAGGCUUGAGGCAGAAAUAUUACAACGUGGUUUUGUGCAAGGAAAGAUUGUAUUAUAUUCACGACUGUUAGAUUAUAAAGAAGUAUAUUCUUUCUUUUUUUUUGUUAGAAUUGGUAGUUAGUUUGAUUAUGUGGCUGGUCUACUUUUAGAUAUAACCGUAGGAGGGUUGGUUUGGUCUGUUUCGGCACUUUUGUAUAUCUCUGCCUCUCUCUCUCUAUCGUUCUCUGGUCUUUAGCUGUUUAGUUGGUUUGACUCUUUAAUAUUUCUUAGGGCUUUUGAAUCAGCAAAAAGCAUCACAAGAGAUUCUUGAUGACUUGUGUAUUGUGAGCUUGUUAUCAAUCAGAUUUGUUUUUGGCCACUUA